CUCCUUAUUGCAGAUCUCAAGCAUUUAGAAAAUGUACAUAUUUCCUCUCACCUUGCCAAUGAAAACAUGAAAAAGAGAGAAAAAAGAGAGAAAAAGGAGAUUUUUUAGUUUGAAACACUGUUAUGACAUUAUUCGUAGAUGGCAACGUCUCUGGCAGGGUUGAGGCCUUUUCUUUUUACCUCCAAAAUAUGAAUUAUGAGCUCCUGCGACCACCAAAUCACAAUUAUUCCGUAAUGAUGAUUUUAAAUAAUGUCAUGGUCCAUUGAGUGGUAUUCUUGUUUUCUAUCAGCUUCAGUAACAUAGUUGACAUGCCUCUUAGACUUUAUCCUAAAACACAGAUUUGUGUGACAUAUUGUGAAUGUGCAGAAAUUUUUGAAAGUGCAGAAAUCUUGCUAAAUGACAUAAAAGCUGUUAAAGUGAAUACAAAUUAUUUGCAGAAGUGUCACGGCACAUUUAAGUUAGUUACUUCCACAAAAGAAAAGACGCAAAAUAAGACAGAACAAUAAAUAACACUUGUGUGUGUCUACAAUAUUAAGUUAAAUAUUAUUAAAAUGGAGUCACUGGAAGCAUUUUGGAAACAUUUUUGGUACAGAAGAGGCACAAAAAAGUGCAUGAAAUUCACCAGAAUGCAGUAAAUGAAGAGUUUGACACUUAAAUUUCAAAUGUGAUCCUGUUGAUACAUGGUAUAUGACAGAUGACUACUAAUAAAAUGAAAGCACUCCAAAGUUAAGUGGGAUACAAUCUCAGUCAGUGGUGGUAAAAUCACCUCCUUCCUCCCACACAGACAGCGAUGCCAGUGCUUGAGGUGACCUGCAGCCUGAUUGGCUGGUUGUGUCUCUACCUGCUGUUCUGCUGCACCUUCACCAAGCGGACGCCUGAGUGGAACUGCCGCUUGGUCACGUUGUCCCACGGCAUCCUCAUAGUGCUGCUGACGGCGUAUGUCGUCUUCGUGGACGGACCCUGGCCCUUCACUCAUGCAGGUACAGAGAACACUGAGAUGCAGACCUUCGCCCUGGCUAUCUGCCUAGGCUACUUCUUCUUCGAUAUAGGCUGGUGUGUUUGCUACCGGACUGAGGGCCCCGUUAUGAUGGCGCACCACGCUGCCAGCAUCACUGGCAUCCUGCUGGCUCUGUUCAUGGGAGAAUCAGGCUGUGAAACCUGCGGGGUGAUCUUCGGCAGCGAGCUCACCAAUCCCCUGCUGCAGACCCGCUGGUUCCUCCGGCAGCUUGGCCUCUAUGACAGCCUGCUGGGCGACGCCGUGGACCUGCUUUUCAUUGUACUGUUCGCCACUGUGCGAGUGGGUGUCGGCACAGUGAUGUUUUACUGCGAGCUCACCUCCCCCAGGACCUCACUGAUUAUGAAGCUCGGUGGCGUGGCCAUGUACGGACUAGCCUGGGUGUUCAUGGUGGACAUAGCCAGAUUUGGUUACAAGAAAAGUAGGGCCAAGUACAAAAAGUGGAUGGAGAACCACAAGCUCAAAGAAAACAACACUCAGAAAGUGGACGGACACUUGGACAAAAGCGACUGAAGGAGGUCAUUGGAAUCUUACAGGGAGCUUAUCUGCUGUCUGUGUAAACUCAGGCUUCUGCAGCUUGAAAGUGUUUUGUACAGCAGCAUCUGGCAAAAAAACAAUAAAUCAUUAUUACAUA